AUGCUGCGGAGCGGCGCCCGGCGCCUGGGCGCGCGGCUCGGCUGCCUGCGCGGCGGUCUCCAGGUCCCCGCCCGGGCCGGCCGCCGGAGCGUGGCCUCCUGCAUCGACCCUUCCAUGGGACUAAAUGAAGAGCAAAAAGAAUUUCAGAAAGUGGCCUUCGAUUUUGCUGCCCGAGAGAUGGCUCCAAAUAUGGCAGAGUGGGACCAAAAGGAGCUGUUCCCAGUGAAUGUGAUGCGGAAGGCAGCCCAGCUCGGCUUUGGAGGGGUCUAUGUACGCACAGAUGUGGGUGGGUCUGGACUGUCACGGCUUGAUACCUCUGUCAUCUUUGAAGCCUUGGCUACAGGCUGCACCAGCACCACAGCCUAUAUAAGCAUCCACAACAUGUGUGCCUGGAUAAUUGAUUGCUUUGGAAAUGAGAAACAGAGGCACAAGUUUUGCCCACCACUCUGUACCAUGGAGAAGUUUGCUUCCUACUGCCUCACUGAACCAGGAAGCGGGAGUGAUGCUGCAUCCCUUUUGACCUCAGCUAAACGACAAGGAGAUCAUUACAUCCUCAAUGGCUCCAAGGCCUUCAUCAGUGGUGGUGGUGAAUCAGACAUCUACGUGGUCAUGUGCCGGACGGGAGGACCAGGCCCCAAAGGCAUCUCAUGCAUAGUCGUGGAGAAGGGGACCCCUGGCCUCAGUUUUGGCAAGAAGGAGAAAAAGGUGGGGUGGAACUCCCAGCCAACCCGAGCCGUGAUCUUCGAAGACUGUGCUGUCCCCGUGGCUAACAGAAUUGGGAGCGAGGGGCAGGGCUUCCUCAUUGCCAUGAAAGGACUGAACGGAGGGAGGCUCAACAUUGCUUCCUGCUCUCUGGGGGCUGCUCAUGCCUCGGUCAUCCUCACCCGAGACCACCUCAGCGUCCGCAAGCAGUUUGGAGAGCCUCUGGCCAGUAACCAGUACCUGCAAUUCAAACUGGCUGAUAUGGCAACAAGACUGGUGGCCUCGCGGCUGAUGAUCCGCAGUGCAGCAGUGGCUCUGCAGGAGGAACGGCAAGAUGCAGUGGCCCUCUGCUCCAUGGCCAAGCUCUUUGCUACAGAUGAAUGCUUUGCUAUCUGCAACCAGGCUUUACAGAUGCAUGGAGGCUACGGCUACUUGAAGGAUUAUGCUGUUCAGCAGUAUAUGCGGGACUCCAGGGUUCACCAGAUUCUAGAAGGUAGCAAUGAAGUGAUGAGGAUGCUGGUCUCUCGAAGCCUCCUCCAGGAGUAGCACCACACUUGGUACUCUGACAUGGUGUCAGUGGUUCCGUGUGGGUUCUUGUGUUCCAGAGGAAUCAGAAUUAGACUGAGGGCUGAGUUCUUCCAGGUGGGACCUGCACUCUGCAUGUUGGCAGCAGCAUCGGCUGUCAGACUGGAGCAGAGUCCUCAAAAGAACUGGAAGAGCUGCUUGAUGAGAAAUGUCAAAAAAGACCUUGAUUUCCCUAAUGCCAGGAAGGUGACUAGUGAAGACCACCUUCAAAACAAAGUCCUUUCUGGGACCAACUUUGUCUUGAUUUGUGUGCGUUUUGCUGGUUCACUGGAUCCCUCUUCUAGGGGCCUGGGUCCUUCCACUGGAGAAAAAGUGCCCUCCUGUCUGUCCCUGUUCUCUGUGCCACAGCUAGAGAUGCAGAAGUUGUCUCUGGACAGCCUCCUCUGUGCAUAAAUCAUGAUGAGAUGAAUAUUUGGGAAACUACUUGUGAGCUGUGAUUUGGGUGCAUUUCCACUUCUGGAGUGCCUGAAUGUCAAGGGCUGAGAUAAUUUAGAAUUUUGAAUAUUUGUUGUUGGGUUUUUUUGUUUGUUUUUUAGAAGCUUAUGUAUCCAGGGAUUCUAUAACCCUUCCUGAUAAGUACUUUGAGUAUAUUUUUUUUCUGAGUUUUUGUUUUCUUUUUUGAAGUUGGAACUCUUUAAAAUUUGUAAUCACUACAUUGAUAAAUAAAAUUUACCCCUUUCCGUACUGUC